AUGUCUGCAGCCGCCGCACCGUCUCAGCUCUCCGAGUACAACAAUAGUCACUACCGGCACCUCUUCACGGACUGUGUUGCUUCUUCACAAGAGCAAUGCAACGAAUUUAUCGAUCCCAGCUGUCUCACGCCGUCUUCUGGCUACAGCUCUGGGUACGAACAAGACCUCGGUCACAAACAUGAGCUACCAGCUGUGGCCAGCUUCGAGCCGGACACUCUCGAGCAGCAGCCGACGGGUAUCCUCGCGUCGCAGACACCUGGACUACCCCAACUCGGCGUCGACGUCGAGUUCACACCGCUCAACUCGUUCUUCAUGAAUCCAUUUGCCAGCGUUUCCUUUCCGGGCGACAUUCCUUUGGACGAGUUCGGACCAGCCAUCAUGUCGAGAAAUCUCCCUAUGGCGGACUGGUCGAACUCGUCUUCGUCGUCGACGGUUUUCUCUUCGCCUCCGGGCAUUACGAUCACCAACACCGACGCGGAUCUGGUGGAUUCAGUUUGGCCCCAAAAGCCUCAGCCGAUAAUGUCGUUGGAUCAUUUUUUUCCGAGUCACAGCUACGACCAGCAAGCCGACGAAGCGACCGAAGAACCAGUGACGAAUACUUCGGUCACGCCGACCACGACUUCACCGCUGCUACCACCACCGACCUUCCCACCGCCUUCCACAACUCGCACUCCUACCCCACCACAACCAUCACCGCCCAAAUCCUCGUCAGACCCGCCUUCUCCUCCCGCAAAAGCCUCGUCAACACCAACAUUCCAAUUCGUCGACGCAUCAGACCGCAAGACAAUCAUGAAGAUCCGCAACACGAUGGUCUCGCGCAAACAUCGCGACAACAAAGUCAAGCGCAUUGCUGAACUGGAGAAGCUGCUGGCGGAGCGGGAUGCGGAGAUUGCUGAGCUGAAGCGGUUGGUGAAGGGCAGGUAG